UUGUUGCUCGCAAAGAUCAUAAGGCGAGUGACACACACACACAAAACUAAGAGAGCUUGGUCAUCAAGUGAAGUCUUGUUGGCGUGCAAUAGGUGCUGAGAACUAGCUGGAGCCAUGGCUUGUCAAGGCCUCGUAGACUGGAAGGGACGGCUGGUUAACCCAAAGCAGCAUGGUGGGGCGAAAGCCACCAUGUUCAUCUACUUCCUUGUUGUGAUGACAAACAUUGGGAACAUUCCAAUGCUGUUGAACAUAGUGAGCUACUUGCAUGGCACGAUGCAUAUGGGCAUCGCCGACGCCUCCACCACAGCCACUAACUUGUAUGGUGCAAUCUGCGUCUUCACCUUGUUUGGUGCUUUCAUCUCCGACUCCUACAUCAAACGCUUCUACACAAUCCUCAUAUUCGCCGCCAUCGAGAUUUUGGGUUACAUGCUCCUAGCAUGCCAAGCGCACUUCCCGUCGCUGCACCCGCCGCCGUGCGACAUCACCAACCACCCCGAGGAUUGCACGGCGGUGAGCGGCCGGAACCUGAGCCUUCUGACCCUGGGCCUGUACGUGAUCCCGCUCGGCGAGGGCGCGGUGCGCGUGUGCGCGGCGGCGCUGGGCGGCGACCAGUUCGACGGCGGCGACCCGGAGGAGCUCCGCGGCAAGAUGAGCUUCUUCAACUGGUACGCCUUCUGCAUCUCGCUGGGAGGGUUCGUGGGGCUCGUCUUCGUGGUGUGGGUGCAGAACAACGAGGGCUGGGACCUCGGCUUCGUGCUCUCCGCGCUCGUGGCGCUCCUCGGCGCCAUCGUCCUCCUCGCCGGCCUGCCAUUCUACCGGCACCAGAAGCCCACGGGGAGCCCACUCACCAGAAUCCUUCAGGUUUUUGUGGCUGCUUUUAGGAAGAGGAAUCUUUCAGUGCCUGAUGAUUUGAUGGAGAUGCAUCAGGCCACUCAAGGAACAGGCACCAGCAUCGAAGUGCUGGAGAGAACUUCAGGCUUCAAGUUCCUGGACAAGGCAGCCGUGGACGACGGCGACACGCGGCGGUGGUCGCUGUGCACGGUGACGCAGGUGGAGGAGGCCAAGAUCAUCCUCCGCAUGCUGCCCAUCUUCCUCAGCUCCGUCCUGGGCUACCUCCCGAUCCCGCUGCUCCUCACCUUCACCGUGCAGCAGGGCGGCACCAUGGACACCCGGCUCGGCGCCGCCCACGUCCCGCCGGCGAGCCUGUUCGUCAUCCCCGUCGUGUUCCAGAUGCUGAUCCUCGUCGCCUACGACCGCGCCGCGGUGCCGUGGCUGCGCCGCGCGACGGGGUACGCCGGUGGCGUCACGCACCUGCAGCGCAUCGGCGCCGGGUUCGCGUGCAGCGUGGUUGCGCUCUCCACGGCCGCCGCGGUGGAGGCCCGCCGCAGGGGCAUGGGCGCCGCCGCCGCCGCCGAGAUGUCGGUGUUCUGGCUGGCGCCGCAGUUCUUCCUGCUGGGCGUGAUGGACGUCACCUCCUUUGUGGGCCUCCUCGAGUUCUUCUACGGCGAGGCAUCCGCCGGCAUGAAGUCCAUCGGCGGCGCCGUGUUCUUCUGCAUCCUCGGCGUCGCGUCUUGGCUCGGGAGCUUACUCAUCCGGUUGGUCAACCGCGCCACCGCGCGCCGCGGCGGGGGCACCGGGUGGCUCGACGGCGCCAACCUCGACGCCGGCCGCCUCGACCUCUUCUACUGGCUGCUCGCGCUCUUCGGACUCGUCUCCUUGCUCCUCUACCUGUUGUGCGCGUCGAGGUACACCUACAGGCAUGAUCCAAGGACAAUGCAAUCCAGGAUGGAGGAUGACAGGGUGUCUCCGGCGUCCCUGAAGAAGCAAGCUGAGGUCUGACCACGCACAACUUGACGAGUCCUGAAGAAACUAUGGAUUUUGUGAUCCUACUAUGGGGUGGGUAUAGUUUCACCAAAUCAAUCAAAAACUCAAAAAUGUCGUCGUUUCAGACAUUCAAAUUGGGUUAUAUUUCGCUGUAAUAAACGUAAAUUAAUCCUGGCGAGAGAGCAGAGGGAGUAAGUAGUGUUAGGAUAAGCCCAAAGACGAACAUGUACGGGCGUAUACGGCACCAUCACCUCACGUAGGCCCUUGGGGGCAUGCACGUAUAGGUACAGGGAUAUGCAGCUCGUGGGGCGGCGAUCGACACACGUGCUGGAUGUGUGUGCCUGCACAAAAUCCAAAAAUUUACAGACAAAAUUUUUUCUACCAUUAAUUUCACUCUUAUACAGAACUA